GGCCUGUUCUCCAUUCAUUGUAUCAUACUGCAUCGUUAGAUUAUCAUACAAAGGAAUGAAUACAUUGAUACCCCAACCCACACGUCCCGAAACGGACCCCGUUUAUCAUACCAUACCAUAACUGCAAGUCAAUGAAACUGCCACAAGUACGAUAUGAUAACAUCAUACGUGCUACAGCUUACGGCGCCGAAUUCCCCACAUGCAUACAUACACACCGACACGACACGACAACAACAAAUACCGCUCUCCCGGAGCACCAGUACAGUACAUACCUUUCCCGCAGCAUUUCUGCGGACUGUGGGACCUGAAUUUCGGCAUUGAUGUUCUGCAAUGCCGGACUAGUGAUUGGAUAGCUCCUUUGCACAGAAUGCAGUGCACCUGUUAGCGUUGUUGGGAGGGGGCCUGUGGUGCCUUUGCGGUAUCAUAUGUCUGGUAGCCAUGUCUGCCGUUAGAAAGAGAGGGAAACAGAAAAAAGACUCCCGAGCCUUGGGACGUAAGUUUGUUGACUAACUUUUUUUUCUUCUUCUGAUUCCGGCGUGGUAUCGUAGGGUCAGCCGUGGCCCCAACUCUCGAAGGCGCGGCUGGUGAUAUAGUGAGGUCGUCGUAUUAUGGAACCCGUCAGGCGCGUACAGUGCAGUACCAGGGUAUCACAAGGCACAGUUGCGUCCAGACAACCAGCAGAAGGCGUGUAGAACCCUUGGUUACGGUAGUCUGGGAGGAGGUUUGGAAUAUGAUACCUGGCUUCUAUCGGUAUCAUACGGCAACUUCACUUGCGCCCGGGCUGAUAAUAUCUCAAGACGGGAUGUGGCUGUCCGCUUCGUUUACCCCGGGGUUUGGCGGGGGAAUGGUGUAUCGCACGAUAGGGUUUGUAAAUAUCAUAGUCACUUUCACACAUACGAUACGGUAUACGAUGGUAUCCGGGGCCCCACCAACGGGGUGUGUACCGUACGGUAUGCAAUGCUGGAGAUCAGGGAGUAGCCUAGUGAGCAUACGGUAGCACCUUUCUCCUCUUCAUUUUCCACGCCUUUAAUGUUGGCGCUCCGGGUUUCUUUCCUGACGAGGCCACCGCGCGAGUGACUUACUGCAUCAGACUGACACUAUGUCGAAGCCAUGUUUGUAGAACACUGUUGCGUUGUAGCUACCCCACCGUCGAGAAAGAAUCGCUUCAGGGCCCUGAAACGAAAGGUGCUGGCUGAACCGGGAUCCGAACGCCUUCCAACAUCCAUCUCGUGGUUUAAAAGACUGGUAUGGUAAUGAGCCGUGCCCCAAACGGCGGUGGCAGCUGGGCAUGGCAUGGCUCAUAACAAUGAUAAAUCCUAACUGACUUGGGGGCUUUUCCUUGAACAUGAUCUUCUCCAAGGGGGAGCGGGUAUAGCGGUUCUUGUUAGUGUGAGAUGGCCGGAAUACCGCUGUUUAUUUUUUUUUAAGAAUUAGCAGGACGAGGUGAUCUCGGAGGCGGUAUUACUUGUGCAAGUAUUCGUACUCGUACGGUGCACGGGGGUUGAGAGAAUGGUGUGAAAACUAGACUAAACCCGGUGUUUGUAGUGGAUGCAGUUGCCUCACUCUGCUCCGCCCCACCGCCGUUAUCUAG